CGUCUGCGCGACCCGACCGCACCGCCACGACUGGCGCGCCGCCGCCGCUCGCCGCACAGGCAUGACCAAUCAGAGGAACUACCCCGGUCACGUGACCAAUGUGGACGCCCAUCAUGGCGGCGCAAGGUGACGCAUUCAGAGCGCAACGAUUCACUCACCAGCCGCAAGAUGUCGUCCCAGCGCCACAGCAAAGGCCCAACGCAGCUUCUCAGGACCGGCCGGCAGCGGCGGCGGAGGCGGCGGCGGAAGCGGAAGAGCCGUCGGUCCGGACCCAGGUGGCGGUUGUGCAGCUGCCCGACGCCAGCGCUACCACCGGCGUGACGCCUCUCUCCACCCAGGAGGGUGAGCCGGCCGCCAUGGCGCACUCGUCGCGCCUGCGCGCCGCCGCUUCCACCGCCGGCAGGAGCCUCCGCCGCCUCUCCACGUCGCUGCAGAGGCGGUGGCGGCGCGCGGCGGGCGGCGACCCGCUGUCGGGCGGCGCGGACGGCUUCCUGGCCAAGUUCGCGGGCGCCGGCGACAGCGAGCAGGAGCCCAGGCCCUUCUGCUGGGGAGACCGGCUCGCCGUCGACCCGGCGCUGCCCUUCCACUACCGGUGGCUGAUGCUGGUGUCGCUGGCGGUGCUGUACAACCUGGUGCUGGUGGUGGGGCGCGCCGUCUUCUGGGAGCUCAACAACGCCGUGCCCGCCCUCUGGUGGACGCUCGACUACACCUGCGACGCCAUCUACCUCAUAGACACCUUCAUACACGCGCAUGAGGGCUACCUGGAGCAGGGGCUGAUGGUGCGCGACGCGCGGCAGCUGCGGCGGCACUACGUGGAGACGGGCCGCUGGCGGCUGGACGUGCUCAGCCUGCUGCCCACCGACCUCGCCUACCUGUGGUGGCCGCCCGACUCCUGCCACGUGCGCGUCCCCUGCCCCGUCAUCGUGCGCGCCAACCGCCUGCUGCGCCUGCCGCGCAUGAGCCAGUUCUUCGACCGCACCGAGACCAAAACUGGCUACCCCAAUGCUUUCCGGAUUUGCAAGGUGGUGCUGGCCAUCCUGGUGCUGAUCCACUGGAACGCAUGCUUCUACUUCGCUAUCAGCUACGUGAUCGGCUUCGGCUCCGACAACUGGGUGUACAACCUCAACGGCGGGCGCAACAGCAGCCUCUCGCGGCAGUACAUAUACAGCUUCUACUGGUCCACGCUCACACUCACCACCAUAGGCGAGACGCCGCAGCCCGAGAACGACGCCGAGUACCUGUUCGUCGUGGCCGACUUCCUGGCCGGCGUCCUCAUCUUCGCCACCAUCGUCGGCAACAUCGGCUCCAUGAUCAGCAACAUGAACCUGGCGCGCGUCGACUUCCAGACGCGCAUGGACGGCGUCAAGCAGUACAUGGCGUUCCGGCGCGUGUCACGCGAGCUGGAGGCGCGCGUCAUCCGCUGGUUCGCGUACACGUGGGCCAACAAGCAGGCGCUCGACGAGGAGCGCGUGCUCGCCGCGCUGCCCGACAAGCUCAAGGCCGAGAUCGCCAUCCACGUGCACCUGGACACGCUGCGCCAGGUGCGCAUCUUCCGCGACUGCGAGCCGGGCCUGCUCGAGGAGCUGGUGCUCAAGCUUCGCCUCCAGGUGUUCAGCCCUGGCGACUACAUCUGCCGCGUGGGCGACGUGGGCCGCGAGAUGUACAUCGUGAAGCGCGGCCGGCUGAGCGUGGUGGCGGACGACGGGCACACCGUGCUGGCCACGCUCAGCGCCGGCUCCGUCUUCGGCGAGGUGAGCGUGCUCGACAUCGCGGGCAACCGCACCGGCAACCGGCGCACGGCCAACGUGCGCUCGCUCGGCUACUCGGACCUCUUCUGCCUGGCCAAGCGCGACCUCUGGGAGGCGCUCGCCGACUACCCGGACGCGCGCCGCUCCCUCACCGAGCGCGGCUGCCAGCUUCUGCGCAAGGACGGCCUGCUCGACGAGGAGGCCUUCCACCGCGCCCAGGCCGAGCGCGAGUCGCUCGCCGACAAGGUCGACCGUCUCGAGAACACUCUAGAGAUACUGCAGACGCGGUUUGCACGCCUGAUGGCAGAGUAUAAGAGCCACCAGAGCAAAGUGAAACAGCGCCUCUCACGCGUCGAGCGACGAGAAGACGAUGACCGCAGCCGAAGGAGCAGUAGCAGAGCAAAAGACACACUAAAACCUGGAGAAAUGGAAAAAUUAUCACUGUCAUCUUUUGACAAAGAACUAGAGGCAAAUUGCCAAGUGAGGAGAUCCUUCCAAAGACCCACAACCUCUCGCCUUCGAAGAAGCAAACAAAACACAAUGUAGGCAUCAGAGAAAAUCUGGUGGCUUCAGUGCUGUCAGACUGUCACAGCUACUACCAUAUGUGUUUGAGUGUAUUCUACCAACAUUUGUUUUCAUCUCUGCACAUGUGCAAAUGCAUAGUUUGUUCACAGUUUGUGAUUAAGUUCAAGUACACUGUAAUCAGCUCUAACUUUCCAGAACAAUGAAGAAUUUUUCACGUCUUCUGUUAGCCUCUUUUCAUCUCUUGAUUGCCUGAGUGACUAAGCUUCACAUAAAAUUACUUAAGUUACUAAAACAUUCAUUGAUAACUGUUGGCUGUGUGUGCUGAGGAUUUGAAACCAUAGUUUGCUAUAUGUUUUCAUCAGAAGAGAUGUGACAAUUGUGUAUAGGAGUCCUCAGCAGUGAUGGUAACAGUGGUGAGUGACAAAUAUGAGAAGAUAUAUUUUUGUAUCAAGAGACAUCUUAAACCAGUAACAUAUCUUUCAUGUAAUUACUUCUGUCCUCAAAAAGUGAUAAAGUUUUGAAACAGUGCAGACUUUAAGAUAAUUGUUUUAUAAUAAGAUAUGAAACUGCAGUGCAGAAUUGGAGCAAAUAUUCCAAGAUUUACCAUGCCAUCCAUUAAAACAUGUCCAUUUCAGUUGUAAUUUUUAAUUGAAAAUGUUUGUAGUUACUGUAUUUUAAACAAUAUAUAUUGCAUAUAUUCUUAUAAUGGAAGAAACUCUUGAUUUACAUUAUAGUUCUGUGCACAUUUAUUAUGUAAUCUAUGUUAUGACAAUGAAUUAUUUACUGACCAAAUGUCAGUCAACUUCUUUUACAAAUUUCAACCAAACAUACUUUAAUACAAAAUAUAUUCAUGGGGUGCACUGUACAAAACUAAGAGAACUCAGAUUGUCAGUAUCUAUUCUCUUUGCAGUCCCUAUUUCUUACAUGGAUUUGUGGGUUUUACAAUUCUUUACUUUAAAUCCUCACUAACACUUGAUAAACGGGUAACACGAACAAUACUUUGUUACUGACUGUAAUCAGCUGUAUUCACAUCAAAGAAAUUGCUUUCUUUAGUUUGCUACUAUUUAACAAGGUAAGGAGUAAGCCACAAUAUGACAGUUCCUGCAUGCACACCAAAGAUUACAAAUUCAUUAUUUCCUUUUAAUUUAGUCAUACCUACAAUAGUGAUAACUUUAUCAUUUUUACCAAAAUGUCUAUGAAAAAUGGCAUAUAUGGUAUACAAGAAAUGCUACCAUUAGAAUACCAUUUAAUCUGAGGCACAAGAUUAAUGUGUCUAGAUAUAAAAGUCAGUGACAUAUUUGACUAGUUAAAAAGUGGUAAAAUAAACUUUAAGGGUUCCCACUGUAGCUAAGACUUGACCUAGGUGAACAUAUUACCUAAAAAUUGAAAUAUGUAGCUGUGACCAUUACAUGAGUUACAGUAAAAUAAUGUCUAAAUACAAGCUAGUAUUAUAUGAAUGUUUCUCAGAAUGUUUCUUUACAGACAGGAGAUAGAAGGAAGAGAGUGUUUCAACAUUAACUGUGUGGUAAAUGGGUUCCACUUGAUAUGCUGUAUUUAUCAACAAGUAUUGAUCCCAUUUACAGCUAGAACAUUUAAAAAACUGUAAUUUGUUGCACACAUUUUUUGACAAGUUCAGGCAGUAGAAAUCAACAUAUAUAC